CGACUAUAAACUGGACCUCUAUUACGAGAACAUUUGGCAAAUCCAGUUGCGACGCCCAGGUACGGAAGGCACAAGAUACCUUGUUCUUCAGGCUCUGGAAGACGAUAUUCUGCUUAUUUGGCUGAUCUGUUAGUGCAAGAGAAGAUCAUGGAAUAAUUCAAUGCUAAGUACCUUCUCCUACUGGGUGGAUAGAAUAUCCUCGAGUUUGUGUUUCCCAGUGAUUUUUGCUCAUUUUGUUCCACAAUCUCUCUUGCAAUUGUAUUUCUUGCACACAUAUUUAAGAUUAGUGAUUUGACCAAAGUUGUAGAUUGCCAGAACUUCUGUUAAUUUUUUUGGAUAUUUUCAUAUUAGCUAUUGACAAAUUUGUUUAUGUAAAAAUUUACCAUUGGAACCCAACAAAAAGAAUGAUAUUUCUUGGGUCAUAGAUGCAAAUUCCCCAGAAUUUUAUGAGAGUGGAAAUAUGGUAGAACAGAUAUUCUAGGAAUUGGAAAAUUCUGUAGCAAAUAGAGAAUAUGGUAGGACAAACCCUCUUGUAUCGGAAAAUUCUGUUUGUUCUUUUCCUUUGGAAAGUCCGUUUGGUUUUAACUAGUUGGGAUUAAUUUGCAAACAAGAGAAUGAUUAAAAAUCUUGUUGACAUGGAGGGACCAACCUGAAGAGUGGUAGCUGUGGUUAAUACUUGAUGGGCUGAUCUAUGAGUCUCAUGAGACUGCCUCUCUUUGGGGUUUUGUUUGUUGAUUGAUGUACAUUUUCUUUCUUCUCGGUAAAAAGGCUUCUAAAUUUGAAUAAGAUGGCUUCUGUAUUUGAACUUGAGUUUGCCAGUAAAUUGCGUACUUUCUUAUUUUGUUUGGUUUGAGAGUUAGUGCUUUUAUUUGAGCAGUAACACUUGUAAAUAUCAAUUUUCUGGCUUCUUUUAUUUACUGGAAUAAAUGUGUAGUUCAUUUUUAUCUUUAAGAAGUUGCUGUUAUUUGCUGGCGAUGAACAAUGUGCCUUGGUCAUUAACAGAUGCAAGGAGCCCCUCGGAUUUUUCAGAAACCUCUCUCAUUUUCAUCUGAUAUUUAUGAUAGCCCACUUUUUAAUUACUACAAAGAUUUUCCAGAUGAACAAUGGGUUAGGAGUAUAGAUUUUACUCCAUCUUGCAGCAUAGGGCAGUCUUCGUCUUUGUGUUUGGCCCUUCCGAAUGGAACCAGGAUUCCGAAUAUUCGUGAGAACUUUGCAUAUUAUAAAGAAAUUGGAGGUGCAUUCAAUCUGAAAACGGGUUCUUCUUUUUCACACUCACUGCAUCUGGUCCCAAUUGUUCAUCCCCCAGACCAGAUUAAGCUGCCCUACAAAAUCUUGUUUAGGGUAAAUUCCCUGGUUCAAAAUGGGUUUCUCGUGGGCCCCACACUUGAUACUGAAUUCUAUAAUUUGCUCAAUGGGCUUCCAUCUCCUUUUGUGGAGCGCUCUCUUGAGGAUAUCUCCCGUUUAACAAAUUGUUGUUUAGAACCAGCAAAGUGGCUCCAAGAACAGUAUAAAAAAUACAGAAACUUGCCUAGGCGCCCUUCUCCAGCUGCUAUAUCUUUGGAGCCUGGCUUGGUUUAUGUGCACAGGGUUCAAGUGACCCCUUCAAAGGUGUACUUCUAUGGACCUGAAGUUAAUGUUUCAAAUCGAGUGCUGCGUCAGUUCUCCAACUACAUCGAUAACUUCCUUCGCAUCUCUUUCAUCGAUGAGGACUUCGGCAGCAUUCGAUCAACUGAUUUAUCCAAGCGAAUGGCUUCUGGGGCUGAGGAAAAGCAUACCACUGUUUAUGGCAGAGUAUUGUCGACUUUGAAAAAUGGGAUAGUGAUUGGUGAUAAGAAAUUCGAGUUUCUGGCUUUCUCAUCAAGCCAAUUACGUGAUAAUUCGGCUUGGAUGUUUUCCCCUAUUGAUGGUAUCACUGCAGCUAAUAUUAGACAAUGGAUGGGAGAUUUCAGUGGUAUUCGAAAUGUGGCAAAAUGUGCAGCAAGAAUGGGUCAGUCAUUUGGCUCUUCCACAGAAACUCUGAAUGUUAAACCUGAGGAAGUUGAGAGAAUAAGUGACAUAAAGAACGGGAAAUAUGUUUUCUCUGAUGGGAUAGGGAAAAUCUCUUUGGAGUUCGCGAAGAAAGUUGCCUUGAAGUGCGGUUGUAGUGAGAAGACACCCUCUGCCUUCCAAAUUAGAUAUGGUGGGUAUAAAGGAGUCGUUGCGGUGGAUCCAACGUCACGAUACAAGCUCUCCUUGAGAGGGAGCAUGAGGAAGUAUUCAUCUAAUAACACAAAAUUGGAUGUCUUGGCAUAUAGCAAGUUUCAGCCUUGUUUUUUGAACCGUCAGGUUAUCACUCUUCUAUCAACCUUGGGGGUUCAAGAUAAUGUCUUUGAGACAAAGCAAAAGGAUGCAGUCUCACAAUUGGACAAAAUUCUUGUGGACCCAGAAAGUGCAUUUGAGGCUCUUGAGCUCAUGUCCCCUGGUGAGAAUGUUAACGUUCUUAAAGAGAUGUUGUUUUGUGGGUAUUUACCAGAUUCAGAGCCUUUCCUUUCAAUGAUGCUUCAGACUUUUAGGGGAUUAAAGUUGUCAGAACUUAAAACAAAGACAAGGAUAUUUAUUCCAAAUGGGAGAUCGAUGAUGGGUUGUUUGGAUGAAACUGGAAUUCUUGAAUAUGGGCAAGUUUUCGUGCAAUUUUCUGCCAUUGGUAAUAGAAGAUUACAUGAAUUUGGUCUCUCAAAGAUAAAUGAGAGUGGGUCUGACCAAAGAGUUCGUGUUGUGGUUGGUAAAGUCAUAGUGGCUAAAAACCCCUGCCUUCACCCUGGAGAUGUGCGUAUCUUGACAGCCAUUGAUGUGCCAGCCUUGCACCAUAUGGUCAAUUGCGUUGUUUUUCCACAAAAGGGGAAGAGGCCUCAUCCCAAUGAGUGCUCAGGAAGUGAUUUAGAUGGUGAUAUUUACUUUGUGAGCUGGGACCCAAUGCUUAUUCCAUGUCAUCAAGGCACACCAAUGGAGUACGAGCCAGCACCAAAUAAUGAUUUGGAUCAUGAAGUCACAAUUGAGGAGAUUGAAGAAUACUUCACUAACUACAUGAUCAACGACAGUCUUGGCAUCAUAGCAAAUGCUCACACAGUCUUUGCAGACAAGGAGCCUAUGAAGGCUGAUAGCACCCCUUGUGUAGAUCUUGCAAACCUUUUCUCAGUUGCGGUGGACUUCCCAAAGACUGGUGUCCCAGCUGACAUACCCCAACAUCUCUAUGUCAAAGAGUAUCCUGACUUCAUGGACAAAACCGAUAAACCUACUUAUCAAUCUAGACGAGUUAUUGGGAAGCUUUUUCGAGAAGUUAAGGACUUGCCUCCUCACACAAGUGCAAUAACUUCUUUCACUAAGUCAGUGGCUUUGAAGAGCUAUGAUCUGGACAUGGAGGUAGACGGGUUUGAGCUUUACUUAGAUGAUGCCCAUUGGUACAAAAGUGAGUAUGAUUUUAAGCUUGCGGGUCUCAUGGAUCACUAUGGUAUCAAAACUGAGGCUGAAAUUGUCAGUGGAAACAUACUUAGCCUUGCUAAAUCUUUUACUAAAAGGAGGGACGCAGAGGCCAUAGCAUUAGCCAUGAGGUCUCUUAGGAAGGAGGUGAGAGGUUGGUUCAAAGAAAAGAGGAGUGUGGUUGAUGAAGGGGAUUACUCGCUUGAUGAUGAUGUGUAUGCCAAGGCAUCGGCAUGGUAUCACAUUACGUACCAUCCGGAAUAUUGGGGAAGCUAUUUCGAAGAGGAUGGAAGGAAUCGAGCACAUUUUAUAAGUUUCCCGUGGUGCAUUUAUGAUAAAUUGAUUCAUAUAAAGCGCCAUAGGAUUGGAAGAGGAAGGAACUCUCGAUCAUCAUCUCUUGCAUCCACCAUGGAGAGGACCCUAAUGUUGAGUUGAUAAUGAGUUCUUUGCCUUGUUUUCGCACUUGGAUCAGCAUUCCAAGCUUGCAACUUGUGUGAGUGUGUGUCCGUCUGUGUGCAUGCUUUUGUGUGAGUGAUGGUGAGAGAGUAGAGGGGGGAUUUGUGCAUCUGCAUGUGUGAGAGGUUUUGUGCUUGUCAUAGUAUUUGUGUGUUUGUGUGUUUGUGAGUGUGAGAGAGAGAGUGUUGGCUGUGUGCAUGAGAUAGAGAAAGUCCAUUUAGUCUUCCAAUUUGCUGAAAGAUACUUGGGGGGUGUGUGUAUUCUGUGUCUGAGUGAGAGAGAGAGAGUUAAUCUAGUUUUCCAAUUCUCAAAGAGGUUAUUUUGUGCAUGUGUGUGUGAGAGAGAGAGACAAAGAAAGGUCUUUCAUAUGACUUAAGGGAUAGGUUUUGUGCACUCUCAUUUCAUUUAGAGAGACACCGAGGGUUUGUGCUACUCUUUCAACGAGGGAGGCUUUGUUCAUAUUGCACCCUUCAAUUCCAUUGAGAGAUGGAUAGGUUUGUUUCGUUCUUUCACUGAGAGAGGUCUUGUGCAUUCUCAUUUCAUUGAGAGAGGUCGCAAGGAGUGAGGUUUGGGAGCUCCCACCUUCAGUUGAGAGAGAAAAAAAUGGUUUGUCCCACUUUGUUGGGAGGUUUUGUGCAAUCGAUUUGGCCAAGAGAGGCAAAAAGCACUGUUGCAUGCAUGUCAUGUGCGUGUGUAGAGAGAGAGGGAGAUAGAUAUUCUGACCCUCUUUUGUUUCAUUGAAACGUGGGAGUCCAAGGUCCCCAUAGCAGCUGACGUACCCAGAGAGAGAUUCUGACCCUCUUCUGUGGCAAUGCAACUUGGGAGUCUAAGGUUCGGAUACUUGAGAAGGAGGAUUACUGCAUGCAGUUAGAGAAAAACCAUGAAGAAUGGCUUUCCUAUUGUAAAUGUAGUUAAAAGGUGAGUAGUUUGGAUAUUUGUCUUGCUGAAAACUUACAUCAUGAUGUAAAUAUUUAGUUUUCGGUGUUGUUCGAGUGUGGCUGGUUUAUUUUAUGAUUGUCAAUUAGUAUAUUAUUAGAAGUGAUGAAUACUAUUAGGUGUUACUCAAGUUUGGGUUUAUUGUCUUGUUGAAAAGCAAAGAUGGAACUGAAUAUAUAGUAAGAUUUGAUUUCUGUUAUACAUUU